UGUAUGCCAGCUUAGGGGAGAGGAUGUACAGAAGUAACAUAGGCUGGGAAGGCGUGGAUGGGGUGAAAUCUGUAUCAAUCAUUGGAGAAGAUGUCUGUAUCGAAGAGAUGACAGCUCCUCAGCAUCUUUGAAAGAGAGUUUCUGUCUCACACUAAAGUGCAGCUGUCUUUAAGGAAAAGACUCUUGGAUCCCAAGGGCCUGGAAAAGUCACCUUGAAGAGGUCCAUACUGAAGUAAAAAGAAAGCAAAGGAGUGGAUUCUUCUUUGGGGAGUGUUACACAUUUGCUUAUCUGUCCUCCUGCCUGGCUGAGCAACAGCAAACGAUAUCAUCUGAAACUCACAGCUCUCAUCCAGACUGUGCCAGGAAUUCGCUGUGGGACCUUAAAUGAGUCAUUUCCCUUUCUGGGCCUGUUUUCUUCUCUGUAACAUGAGGGGGCCAGACAAGACAAUUGCUAAGGUCCCUUCCAACUCUAGCAAUCUGGGAAUCUAAGACUGAACAUUCUUCAGAUCAGUACGUAGACUACGUGGUGCCUUGAAGAGGAAGUGUUGUUGCCACUGGAGUAGGUAACUGGGGUGCCGCUUAUCAAUAGUCACACAGAAGUAUUGCUUGUUAAACGCAGACAACUUUGGGUCACGUGGAAAAGAACAGCCUGGAAGACUGGUUGUGUCCAGGAAGUCACCAGAAAAAGUGAGAGCUUCCUCUGGCACCCGAUGACCCCUCCCACCUCCUCCGGUCUCCAAGAAGGAACCAUGUGUGAGGUCAACAAGACAGCUGACGCUGCUAAUAAGCCCCAUUUGGUGCCCUUAAUGGUGGUGCUGAGCAGCAUCUCCCUAGUUACAGUGGGGCUCAACCUCCUGGUACUCUAUGCAGUGAGGAUAGAGAAAAAACUGCACACUGUGGGCAACCUGUACAUCGUCAGCCUCUCCGUAGCUGAUCUGAUUGUGGGUGCCGCCGUCAUGCCCUUGAAUAUUGUGUACCUCUUUAGGUCCCUAGAGCGGCCUCUCUGCCUCUUCUGGCUCUCCAUGGACUACGUGGCAAGCACCGCCUCCAUCUUUAGCGUCUUCAUUCUUUGCAUCGACCGCUACCGCUCCGUCCAGCACCCCCUCAAGUACCUACGGUAUCGCACCAAGACCAGAGCGAUAGUCACCAUCUUGGUCACCUGGUUCCUGGCCUCCCUGUGGAUCAUCCCCAUUCUGGGAUGGAGAAGCUUUUGGCCAGAAACUGACAAGUUAAAUGAGGACAAGUGUGAGACAGAUUUCUACAAGGUCACUUGGUUCAAGGUGAUGACUGCCAUCAUCAACUUCUACCUGCCCACCUUGCUGAUGCUCUGGUUCUAUUCCAGGAUUUACAGGGCUGUGCAGCAGCAUUGCCAGCACCGAGAAUUCAUCAACGCAUCCUUCCCAUCCUUCUCAGAUGGCAACAUGAGUCACAAAAAGCACAGGAUCUGCCUCCCAAAACAGGAGCAAGAUGCCAACCUGGAGACUUUGAAAAGGAAGCCAGAAGGCACUUACUAUCACAUUAGUAACAGCAUCCCCACGAAGGCCCGGGACCCAGCAAAGGAGUCACAUCCAGAGAAGAAAAUGCCUCAAGGUUUUGAACAAGAGGAUGAGGAAGUGGUGGUCAAAGACCACUACUUCCCUAUUGACAUUGUGCAGCCUCAGCCUGGAAUAGAGGAGACGGGAAAAUACAUGUCCAUUCACCAGAGCCUACCAGACCCCAAAGAGCUGUCCCCAGCCAUUCAAUAUGCCAGUGAGACGUCUGAGGAGACCAUAUUUGCUGAGGCAUCCUCCCAUCCAACAGACUCCAUUGCUGUCACUGAAUCAGCCACAGACAUGCCUGCUGAAGGCCAAGCCAAGACCAAAGCAACCUUCGGCCUGGAUUACCUGGCCUUCACCUGGAAAAGGCUUCGCUCCCAUUCCAGGCAAUACAUAAAGGGUUUGCAUAUGAACCGGGAGAGGAAAGCGGCCAAACAGCUGGGCUGCAUCAUGGCGGCCUUCAUUCUCUGCUGGAUCCCAUACUUCAUCUUUUUCAUGGUCAUUGCUUAUUGUACAAAAUGCUGCAAUGAACACGUCCAGAUGUUCACCAUGUGGCUGGGCUACAUCAACUCUACCCUGAACCCCCUCAUUUACCCCCUCUGCAACGAGAACUUCAAGAAGGCUUUCAAAAAGAUUUUCCACAUUCGCUCCUAAAGGGAAACUUCAGGGGUGGGGUGUAGAGAUGAAAAUGACUUCGAAAGAAGAAAUAAAUGAGGGCAGAAAGACUGCUUGGAUUUCCAGAGUACCCAAACUUUCCAGGGUUUCAAGAAGAGGUGCAUGACUAGAAAUCUUGGAAAUCCCCUAUUCCUCAUUGGAGGUAGUACAGAUGAGUGGUUGAAAUGGAAUUGGAGUGGAAUUGAAAACAGAGAUUUAAAAGUUCACAGCAUUUCAAGCAAAGCCCUGGCCGGGCUCCUGACCCCUUCAGGGCUUCCAAGGAGUUCUAGGAUUUUGACUAUGGCUCUGAUAUUUGGGAGGUGGAUUAAAUGCCUUGGUUUCUAUGGGCUCAAACCCACAUGGAGAGAUGAGCAGAACCCUAGAGGAGCCCUGAGAUGUAUAAAGACAGGCUCAGGGCAUGACUGGGAUAUAACCACACUGAGUGUUAGUUAAAACAAACAUUCAGGAGUUUGUAUAGCUGCAUGAGAACUGUUGCUUCACCUGGGGAGGCAACACAUAUAUCCUCCAGAGCCUACGAUUACUCAGACAAUUUAGAGACUUCCCUUGGGAAGCUGCUGGAUGACCUCUAAGAUCCCUUCCAGCUUGGAAUCUAUAAUCUUCUUUAACUAGUUUACAAGCCACGCAAAAAAAAAAUUUUAAUUGGUGGUGUUAUUUUAAAAUUGUAUGUAGCUUUCAAUCUUCUCACCCCACACUCACCCCUUACCCACAUAAAAUACCAGGAUUCCCUAGCUUGGUCCCAGAAUUGACUCCAAAUGGCUUUUGGCUAUUUCCAAAAAUAAAAUCUAUUCUCUAAGGAUAAUAAUAAUAAUUGAUGACUCUUCAGCCUUUUAAAGAUUGCAAAGCACUUUACUCAUACUAUCUCACAAAAAUUCUUUGAGAAAGGUACUAAAGGUAUUAUUAUUCCCUUUUACACCUGAGGAAACUGAGGUUAAGUGUCUUGCCCAGGGUCAUGCAACUAUAAAUGUCAGAAGCAGAAUUUGAACUCCAGUCUUCCUGACCUCUAAGUCCAGCAUGCUGUCUACUCUACCAGCCUGACUCUCAAGGAAUGAAGAUUUGUCACCCUUGAAGGGAUCCCAAAGUACCAUCAGCUCAGAAGGGCAUUCCAGAUAAGUCCCCAUGAUAUACUGAACAAUGGUAGUCUCACUGCAAUAGCUGUGUGACCUUCCAAGGAGCCAAUUUAACAGGGACAACAAUCUCCUUGAGUGUAUUAGCACUAGUCUGUUUGUUUUUUUAAAAAAAUCCUAUCAUAUUAUACUAUAUUCCUUUCAGUCAGUCAAUGAGCAUUAUUAAAUGCCUGCUAUGUGCCAGGCAGUGUGCUAAGUGCCGGGGAUUUAAAGAAAGGCAUAUGCCAGUUCCCUGCUCACAUAGGGAAGAUAACAUGCAAAUAACAAUAUAAAAAGAAGCUAUGUACAGGAUAAAUGGGAGAUAAUCAACAGAGGGAAGACACUAAAAUUGAUGGGGAUUGGAAAAGGUUUCCUGUAGGAGGUGGGAUUUUAACUGGAAUUUAAAAGCAAGUGGGGAAGCAGAGAUAAGAAGGGAGAACAUUGCUGGCAUGGGGGAUAGCCAGAGCCUGGAGCUGAGACAUGGUUUUGUAGCAAUGCCUCCCACAAAGAAACAUAGGACUGUAGAUUUAGAGCUGAAAGGGACUGUGGUCAUCUAAUCCAACUCUAUCAUUUUACAGAUGAGGAAACUGAGACUCAGAUUUGCCCUGUGUCACACUGGUAAUAAAUAAGCAGUAGAACCCAGACUGAAAUCUAAGUCCAUAGUUCCAGUAAAGCUAUGACUACGUGCAAGAGUGAUAGAGUGGGUGAAUUUUUAGUCAGAGGACCUGGUUCUCCCUCAUAAUGGCUAGCUGCCAUUUAUACUGUGCUUUAAGAUUUGCAAGGCAAUUUAUAUGUUAUCUCACACAAUCCUUAAAAAACAAUCCUGCAAGGUUGAUGCCAUUAUUAUCUCAUUUUACAGGUGAGGAAACUGAGACUUAGAGAGGUGACUUAACUAAGAUCACACUGGUAGUAAUUGGCUGAAGCAGGAUCUGAAUUCAGGACUUCUUGUCUUGAAGUCUGGCACUCCAUGUGCUACAUCAUUUAACCUCUUUCAGCCUCCAUUUCUUCGUCUGUAAGAUGGGGUGAAGACAGGAUUAAACUAGAUGAUCUCCAAAAUUCUUUACAGCUCUAAAUCUAUGAUACUAUGAUUUUUUCUUAGUUUCUAUCAAGAUGCAGAAUGGGGUAUAGAGAAUCAGCCUGGCAGUCAGAAAAACCCGGGUUCAAGUCUAGCCUCUGAUAUAUAUUGGGUGUGUGAAACUGCGCAAAUCACUAAACUUUUCAGUGUGCCAGAAAACAGUUUGCUAACCUGCAUCAAUGCAAUGAGGUUUCCACAUUGGCAGCUGCCCAUACUGAUGAUCUCACAGGACCAGAACACCCCUCUGCCCCUCCCCCCCAAAAAAAAGCUGAAAGCUCACAUUAGGAUGUAAUAAUACACACUGAAAACAGGAGUCAUCUGCAAAAUCUGGUGUUUUGUCUUCUGUGCUCAUGCUUACACGCUUAUAAUGCAGUACUUAUAUAGUUUAAAUAAGAAGUUUGAGCUGUUACAAUGUCGUGUUACAAUGGCUGUUUAUUUAUUGAUAUUUAGUGGAGUCUACCUUGUACUUCUGAGGGACCUGAGAUUGCACUGCCCAAUGCUACAGGGUUUAUGUCUGGUAUCAUUUGUAAAGUUCAUUUAGAAAAGGAAUUAUUUUUUAUUAAAAAAAGCAAAAACCACUCA